AUGCCUCAAGACCAUCGCGCGACGUUUGUGGCAUCGCCUGUGCAGUCUGAUAUCAUCCCGAGGGUCAAGCCUCAGCAGAUUCUAUGGAUUGGAUGCUCGGACAGCAGUUACCAGGAGACCAACGUCUUGGAUCUUCCUCCAGAUGAGAUGAUGGUGCAUCGGAAUAUCGGCAAUAUGAUCAUAGAUGGCGAUAUGUCAGUGGAGACGACGGUGAAGCAUGCUGUUACUAAUCUAAAGGUCAACCAUAUCGUCGUUUGUGGUCACUAUGGUUGUGGGAUUGUGAGAGCCACUACGCGAGAAGGGCUACAAGGGCCAUGGCUGAGCAAACUCGAUUCCUUGCACUCAAAACAUCAACACAACAUCGGAGAUCUUCCCGCGCCACAGCGAGAUCGAGUGUUCGUCGAAUUAAACGUUCUCGACCAAUUGCGUGCCCUGAAAAGAUUCCCCGAGAUUGCCACUGCGAUGAAGACGCAAGCUUUGAAGCUGCAUGCAUUUGUGUUUGACAGAAACACCGGCGAAGCAUCCCGGUUGAUUGAAACAUAUUAA